UCUGCCUAUACAAACACGGGACAUAUACUGCACUGUACCUUAAUGACGUUCAUUCAACUUUUGUUUUCACAAAUUCAACUUUAGAGGUCAGUUUUUGCCAUCCAUUUUUAGAGACUUCAGGUUCCAACCAAAUUUGGCUGAAUCAAAAACAUGGACACCACCCUGAGCCUCCUACCACUUUGUUUGCUGGUUGCCAUGGUUACUGCCCACUCAGGACACCACGGAGAACCCCCGAAAAGUUUUGACCCAAACAUCAUAAUGGACCUGGAACACUUGAAAGAACAUAUGCAGAAUCAGAUCAACACAGAUAGGCCGAUGACUCCAACAGAAAUGGGGUUCUAUUACUUCCGCCUCCAUGACAUCAACAAUGAUACACACCUGGACGGCCUUGAAAUGCUCAAGGCCCUGAGUCACAUCAUACACACCACGGACUUUGAACCCGAUGUGAUCAGCGGCAAGACGGCAGAGGAGGUGGAGGACAUGAGGAAUAAACGGUUUAGGGAGAUGAUGGCCAACUUUGUUCACAUCAUCGACAACGUGCUACAGAUGGACGACACGAACGACGACGGCUACCUGAGCUACACCGAAUACAGGAGGACCAUGCGCCGCGACCCCGAGGGCUUGAGAGAGAUGCAGGAGAAGAUGGAGCAGCAGCCCUUCAACACGCUUCUGUAACGACACGUUUCAUUGGUUCACUCAACGCUUGUAAUCACAGCUCUCAUUGGUUGCACAUUUUUAGAUUGCAGGUCGGGGGGUAAAUUUAGAAUGUUGAUUUCCAUUUUUACAAGAUUUUAUUUAACUUGCUUCCCCUGUCUGUCGUGCUUUUGUCUGUUGUCCAUCAUUUAUCGAAACUGCCAAGCGAAAUUUCGAGCACUUGUAACUGACCGAUUCGUUUCAAACUUAGCAUGUGGGUCAAGACCAGAUGAUAAUGCAGUCUGACAUCAAAUUUGACUAAAUUGGAUGAUUAAUUAAUUUUCUAUGAAUUAAUUAAUAAACUCUAAUUAACUUAGAGGGGACUAUUAUUAUUCCACAAUUUUACACGUACAUUUUCAAAUUCACUUAGGCUCCAAGAGUUUUUUGUAAUGCAACCUUAAAGUACUGAAAAAAGCAUUCAAAACUUUUUAAUAACAAGGUUUUAUGUAGUAGUGCACUAAAAAGGAGAAAAUCAAUUAUUCUCUUUAAAUAUUUAAUUAAUAAUACAUUAUUAUUUAAAUAACUAUAAAGAAAAGCGUGGGUCUCUUCCUAAAUAUAGUAAAGGUAUCCAAUAGAUGAUAUAAAUUCAAACUAAAGAAGCGCUUUAUAUAGAUGACGUUAUGUGUUACAAUCAAUCAAAAGGAGGUAGAAAACAACAAAUCACAUAUCACGUGUGGAUUUAACAACUGUGUCAUUGAACCUAUUGCCAUGUUAAAGUGACCCCUUAAAAUACAUGUCUUUCACUUACUGAUGACGAUGACAUGAUCGUGACUGAAAAAAGUCAGAAGAGAAAAAAAAACAAGAGAAAAGUCACAGGAAACAAAAAACACAGUUUAUGCUAGGACAAAAAGUCAACUUUAAUUGGAAAAACGUCACAGAAAUAGUCACAGAAAAAAAAAUCACAAAAAUCUUCUAAAUAUUUUGAUUGUGGGUGUUUCUUAAUGUGGGCUGUGUUUUUUUGUGUUUGGUAAUAUAUUUAUAAACUUUAAAAGCAUUAUGCUUUAUAACAAUAAUAAAUAAAAAUAUUAUAAGGUAAUUUACACAGCAACAUCAACUUUUGUUACGUAUUUAGUUAAACGUAAGUUGAUUUGCACUUUCUGAAUUGUUAAAUACAUAAAAUUAUUAACAAAUUCCAUGCUAACACACAUUUGUGACGUUUUUCCUAUAACUUUUUUGCUGUGACUUUUUUUCCUGUAACUUUUUUUCCUGUAACGUUUUCCCUAUGACUUUUUCCCUAUGACUUUUUCCCUGUGACUUUUUCCUGUGACUUUUUUCCUGUGAGUUUUUUCCUACAGUCGACGUAAUACCACACUUGUCAGUGUCACGAAUUGCACGUGUCGCGUCAAAGGUUGCAUGUAAACAUCAGUGCACACCAAUGAUAAUUUAUAAUGUACGAAUAUGUAUGUUUUAGGGUCAGUUUGUGAGUAUGGUCAGUUUAUAAGGGUGUGGUCUGUUGUGAGGUGUGGUCAGUUUGUGAGUGAAUGUUAAAUGUAUGAUGAUACCAGUUUGUGAACAUGUGGUCAGUUUGUUUGGGUAUAAUCAUACUGUAAUGCUGUGGUCAGUUGAUAAG